UUUUAAGCCUCUCGCUAUUAAAAACCAAAAUCACAGAAAGCAUAUUUUUUGCUUCUUUUUCUUUUUUAUUCUUUUAGAGAGAGAAAUAGAGAUAGAGAGAAACGCGGUGAGAGGAAGACAGAAGCUCAAGAUCCUCUCAGAUCGGACCGGAAUUUUUGAUGGGAUUGGAACUCACAGACUAAGAAAUGGAUCGGAAGCCAAAUGGUGUUCUAGUGAAGUCAAAUGGUGUUCUAGUGAAGUCAAAUGGUGUCUCUCAUGAGAAAGUCCAUGCUCUUCCUAAAACUUCAGGACAUAGUGUUGAAGCAAAGGACUAUGAGGCGGAAUGCAGUGCAGAAGAUUCAGUUGUUGCGAACCAUGAUGAGGAACAAGAUGUGCUUGGUGUCAAAAGCACAAAUUUUGAUCCUGACCAAGCUGAGGCUAAAAAUGAAAAGGCCGGUGCUCAGAAGUCAAGCAAUGAUAAAACUCCAAGCUUCCCUGCUUCAAAAUCUGGUGCAGCCAGAAGCGCACGGGGGCAUCAUACUGUCCCACAGCCAUUUGCUCUGGCAACUGAAAAACGUGCAAGUGUGAACACUUCAACGAAUGUGAAUAAUGUGAGCUCCCCUAUUGCUACAAAGAAUUCACAGUCAAAUUCACCUUCUACAGCAAGGAAGCCACUGUACCCUGACAAUAAGAAGCUUCUUGAUGAAGAAGAUAAUUGGUCUGUUGCAUCCUCUACUGCUGCAUCAGUGAGAACUGUAAAAUCUGUAACCAUUGGAACAGCUCCUACCUUUAAAUCUGCUGCACGCGCGGAGAGACGAAAGGAGUUUUACACAAAACUAGAGGAAAAGCACCGAGCUUUGGAAGAAGAGCGAAACCAGGCUGAGGCAAGAUCCAAGGAAGAGCAGCAAGCAGACAUCAAGCAGCUUAGAAAGAGCAUGGUGGUCAAAGCAAAACCCGUUCCUAGUUUCUACUAUGAGCCACCUCCACCUAAGGUUGAACUCAAGAAGCUGCCAUUGACUCAACCAGUUUCACCAAAACUAAGCCGGAGAAAGAGCUGCGGUGAUGCAAUCCAGCCAUCGAACGAUGAGGUGGGGAAACAUUGUGCUCGGCACAGACACAGCCUAGGCAACCACAAAGAAGACUUGAAUACUGCCAUCAUAGCCAAAAACAAGGUUCAGAACAGUGCACAUACCACUAACGGCACUCGCAGUCGCAAGGCCAAGGACAGACCUAAACGGGAAAAUGUUACAGCAAGAGCAGUUCCCGAUAUGAUAGCCGAGGAGACAAACGAAGACAUAUGAGUUGAGGCGUAAACAGCUGGAUUUUACUAACUCUAAAGUGAGGAAAACAUUUUGAAUUUCCUUAGUUACGAUAUUGGAUGUUGUUUUGAUAGGGAAUAGCCUGCUUCCUUUUCAGCUGCAAUGCUUUUUGUUUAAAGUGUUUUGUGUCAAUGUGAAUUGUAUAUGUUUUGUAAGUUACAUAAUUUACUUGUGAUGUUACAUAUGAAAAGAGGUGAUGAUUCUAUCAUCUUGGACCAAAUUUGUUGUCUCAACUGAUGUAGGUGUCUGCUGUCUUAGUUCUUUGAAACCUUGACGAGUAGUUUUUCUGAAGGUGAUCAUUGACAUGGCUUGAUUUUGAGAUUGCUGAGGUUGUAACUUAAACAUUUUUUUCACCCUUUUUAGUGCUGGGCAUGAACACUCCUGAUGAUAGUUUUUUCUUC